CGUUCACCAUUCUCUGACCUUCAUCGCGACGAUGAUGACCUCAAUUGGACCUGAAGCCUCGACGUCCAAAACAGCUCUACAUAGUACGGCAGCAGUAACUGAACAAGAGGAGAGCAAGACUUUUGCUUCGCUUGGUGUUCACCCGCAAAUAUGUGAAGCAUGUGAGACCCUCAACUUCAAGCGUCCUACUCAGAUUCAGAUCCAGGCCAUCCCUGAGGCUUUGACGGGAAGAGAUGUCAUUGGACUCGCUCAGACGGGAAGCGGGAAAACGGCCGCUUUCGGGAUACCGAUACUUCAGGCCCUUUGGGACGAUCCAAGACCAUUCUUUGCCUGUAUCCUGGCGCCAACCAGAGAAUUGGCGUAUCAAAUCACUCAACAGCUCGAGUCACUGGGCUCGACAAUAGGAGUGCGCUGUGCGACCAUCGUGGGCGGAAUGGAUAUGAUGUCACAGUCUAUUGCCCUCGGUAAGCGCCCUCAUAUCGUCGUCGCCACACCAGGCAGGCUACAAGAUCAUUUGGAAAAUACAAAGGGCUUCAGCUUGAAGGGUCUUCGCUAUCUUGUCAUGGACGAGGCUGAUCGAUUGCUCGACAUGGACUUUGGGCCCAUUAUCGACAAGCUGCUACAGUCUAUUCCUAGAGAGAGGCGCACGAUGCUUUUCAGCGCCACCAUGACCACAAAAGUGGCCAAGCUUCAGCGAGCCAGUCUCAAGAAUCCUGUGCGAGUAGAAGUCGGGACAAAAUACUCGACGGUCUCAACCCUCGCCCAGCAUUACAUUUUUUGUCCAUACGCUCAGAAGGACGUCCAUCUCGUCUCCCUCAUCAAUGAUCAGUCAGGCUCUUCGAUUCUCGUGUUCACUCGGACGGUGCAAGACUCAUCGCGGCUGUCCAUCCUGCUUCGGCUGCUCGGCUUCUCCGCCAUACCUUUACAUGGUCAACUUUCGCAGAGUGCUCGACUUGGUGCCCUCAACAAGUUCAAAGGCGGAGGCAGAAGCAUCUUGAUUGCAACCGACGUGGCCAGCCGAGGUUUGGAUAUACCUGCAGUCGAUCUUGUAGUCAACUACGACAUGCCAACCAAUUCAAAGGACUACAUUCACCGGGUCGGUCGAACGGCCCGUGCAGGGCGAAGCGGAAGAUCGGUAACGAUCGUUUCUCAGUACGACGUCGAAUUGCUUCAGCGCAUCGAAGGAGUCAUCAACCUCAAGCUUUCCGAGUUCCCCAGCUUGGACAAGGACGCAGUUGGGUUGCUGGAGGAGCGGGUGGGUCAGGCAGCCCGAGAGGCAAUUCGGGAAAUGCGAGAAACAGGAGGGCAGAGAGGUGCCGGAGGUGCCGGCAAACGUAAAAGGAGAGCGGCGGAAGCAGCAGCAGGUACUAGGGACGAUGACAUGGACAGGGAUGACGACCUCGUCGAGGCAAGCAUGCCUCGAAUUCACAAGACCAACCAACAGGCCAAGAAAAGGUCGAGAAGAUGAUGCAAGGGCGAACCCCUUUCAGCAGGCCAAUGUGUAUUGAUGUUUUUCACCAGCCUCCAGCAGAGAGAGUGAGAUCUAGCGACAAGGUCAUGCGAUCUCUUGAUUCGCCAACUGACCAAGCCUCGG